AUAUGAGUAUAAACACACAAAUAACACUAUUAUUUUGAGUUUUGAAAACACAUCUUACUUUUAGUCCAGAUCGAAGACUUUUAUGAAGGGUCUUUAGCUGAAAUAGUAGAAUUUCAUAAAGAAAGAGCCUAUGAUAAGUAGUUAUCAAACGAAUCCUUUACAAUGAAUGCAGUCAUCUAAAUCCAUUGAAAUUUCUCCAAAAAAAAAAAAAAAUCAAACACUCUGAAAAUUGUGAUGUCUCAUCUCUUUCAAGAGUUUAGGCUCAAAAGCUUCCCUUUCUCUUAUAUAUACACUGCCGUUAGUUUUAAAACUCAUUACUUAUCAUCAAUCCGUUCAGCCCUAUCUGCUUUUAACAUACAAAAAGAUUCCUUCCUCUUUACCUCUAGCUCUCUCUAUUACGCUGUUACACAUCAACUAUUUGUUGAGUGGCAAUUGAAUAUGAGAGAGAGAGAGAGAGAGAGAGAGAGAGAGAGAGAGAGAGAGAGAGAGAGAGAGAGAGAUUGUGUGUAUAACUUCAAGUUAAUAAAAGAAUGUGGGGGUAAAGAGAGAAAGAGGAGUACACAGUAAAUGAGAACAAUGAGACUUAGUUUUCAAAUUAACUUGUUCUUUGUUUUGGCUUUUAUUGGUCAUAUCGCACUCUUUAUAUAUAUAUCAUCUACUUAGCUCUCUGUGUUGAUUCUUAGCUUUCAAAAGUAGCUUUUGGCCUCACCCUAUACUCUAUACAGGUUACUGCACAUAUACAUGGUUAUGGUCAUUAUGAAUUUGCCACUAGUGACAACUUUUGCAUAUUAAUGUAGUAAUUCAAGCGCAAGCGCGCUCGCACAUACACACACACACAUAUAUAUAUACCAAGAAUGGAGGCAUAGCCAAAGGAGGGGAACUACAUUGUCAGUUUUCUGGAGUUUUUGGGACCAUUUAUCCCUGUUCACUCUUUCUCUUUCACAUACUUCAAGCUUAACUUUGACAAAAAUAAACAUCCCCACCUAUGUUAAUAGAUUUAAUAUAUAAAAGCUCAAAAAUGUUCAUUCAUUUUACCUUUCUUCUACAUUAUUUAUUUUCCACGUCUAUAAAAAUCAGUCCAAUGAGACGGUGGUUCUGAUGUUAAUGCUCACAAUUGGGGUUUUGUAAAUGUUAAAAAGUUUCAACUAUGGAAAAUCCGUUAAAUAUAUGAAUUACCAUUUAUUGGGUUUAUACAAUCCUCUUUUUUGGUGCACCACACACGGUUAGGAUUGUAAAAUAUCUAUAUUUUUAUGAAUUAUUUAAGAGAACCUCUUAUCCUUUUUCAAGUAAAAUAAAAAUUCUCUUAAAUCUCGCACAUGACCUCAAAAAUUCCAAACUGUGUUGGUUGGUUCACAUUGUGUUUAAACUUGUAGUAAUACUUGUAAACGAUGAUAUUUUUUAUGUUUACAAUUUCUUAAUAAAAAGAAAAUAUGCAAUUCAGACGACAAAAAAUAGCUGGUCGAAAAUAUUUAAAAUUCCUUGGAUACAACAAAAUAUGUCAACCUAUAUUAAUGUUAGAGAGAUGAUGGAUGAUGACUGAUGAUGUGCAAGUAAGACAAAAUUAUAUCACACUUUCCUUUUCCAUCUUUAAAUUCCAAAACAAAAAGCACUGUUGGGUUGCUCCCUUAUUAGAUGAAAAUCCUCACAGAAUAGUACACACACAUCUCGCUCUCUUUCCAUCACUAUCUCUAUAUAUCCCUCUAGACAUAUCCCAAUUAUAAAUAUCUUGCUUUGAACGCUGCAUGCUCUCAAACUUUGUUGCACCUCCAAAAGACGAAGUGUAUAGAAGAGAACCUUCUUGUCACGCCUCUCUUACUCUUGUCUUGUGGUCCAACAAAACCCUAAUUUUCUUUUCGUCAGUUUCUCCACUAUAUUAGAUUAGAUCCUACAACUUUCAUACUUUUUACUUAUCUCUCACAUCCUCUUAUAUACAUUAAGAUUCACAAGAACGAAUAAGAAAAUAAAAGAAAUGGAAUGGUCAACGACAAACAACUUAGAAAACAUGAGAGUUGCUUUUAUGCUGCCGACAUGGCCGGAGUCGAGCUCCUUUAACUCACUACAUAGCUUCAACUACGAUCCUUAUGCAGCAGGAAAUUCAUACACGCCUGCCGAUACGCAAACUGGACCGGUUAUCUCUGUACCUGAAACAGAGAAAAUCAUUAAUGCGUACCGAUUACCAAGCAACAACAACGAGAUAACAAAAAAGAAGAGACUAACGAGUGGACAAUUAGCUUCACUUGAACGGAGUUUUCAAGAUGAGAUCAAACUUGAUACAGACAGGAAGCUAAAGCUGUCAAGAGAGCUUGGUUUGCAGCCACGUCAGAUAGCGGUUUGGUUCCAGAACCGCCGUGCACGCUGGAAGGCAAAACAGCUCGAGCAGCUGUACGAUUCGCUUAGGCAAGAGUACGACGUGGUCUCUAGAGAGAAGCAGAUGCUACAUGAGGAGGUGAAGAAGCUGAGAGCUAUACUAAGAGACCAUGGACUAAUCAAGAAGCAGAUCUCCGGUGUGACCAGUGGGGAAGAAACGACGGAGAUUCCAUCUGUGGUGGCCACUAAAGUGUACGGUACUGAUCAAUACAACAAUCAGAUGGUUGUCGCUUCCUCUUGCUGGCUGCCUUACCCGUGAUAUUAGCUGCUGCUGAUCUUAGAGACAGAGAGCUUUAGACUAGUCAUGCUGGUACUUUCAAGUGGUGUUGCAACUAAGAGACAAGCUUUUGCUCAUUGUACGAUCUGAAAACAUAAAUGUAACGUUCUUGUGCCUCACGCUGAUCAAUAUAUUCAUUCCAUGGUAUCUUUAUUUGAAA